CCAGCUGAACCUCUUGGUAUUUUCUUGCUUUUAUUUCCUGCUUUGGGUACACCCUAUACGAUACGGUUUGAUGUCGGCCUUUGUUUUGCAUUGAGGUUGCAAAACAUUAAGAGAUGAAUUGAUACAUUAAAAACCCCAUGUUUUGAAUAGUGUUCAUCAUAAUAGCUACUUAUAUCUCUUUCAAGGCUUGCUGUUUUUCUCACCGAAGCUUUUAUUGGUGUUAAUUCGGUGUUAUCGAAACGCGGCCUUGCACGUCUGACGGACAUAAACGAACUACGGUAUCAACUCGUCUGUGUGUGUGUUUUUUUUACAAACCCAGUAUUCCUGAACACAUCACAGAGGGACAAUGAGUGAGCUGGAACAGUUACGGCAGGAAGCAGAGCAACUACGCAAUCAAAUCCGGGAUGCCAGGAAAGCCUGUAGUGACUCCACUCUUUCACAGAUCACAGCUGGUCUGGACUCAGUGGGCCGGAUACAGAUGAGGACGCGGCGUACUCUCAGGGGCCACCUUGCCAAGAUCUAUGCAAUGCACUGGGGCACCGACUCCAGGUUACUCGUAAGCGCCUCCCAAGAUGGAAAAUUAAUCAUUUGGGAUAGUUACACAACUAACAAGAUGCAUGCCAUCCCGCUACGCUCCUCCUGGGUGAUGACCUGUGCCUACGCGCCCUCUGGGAACUACGUGGCGUGCGGAGGCCUGGACAACAUCUGUUCUAUCUACAGCCUGAAGACCCGCGAGGGAAACGUGCGUGUCACCCGUGAGCUACCCGGACACACAGGCUAUUUGUCUUGCUGUCGUUUCCUGGAUGACAACCAGAUUGUCACUAGUUCCGGGGACACAACCUGUGCUUUAUGGGACAUCGAGACGGGUCAGAUGGCCACCAGCUUUACGGGCCACACUGGGGACGUGAUGAGCCUGUCCCUCAGUCCCGACUUCAAGACCUUUGUGUCGGGGGCCUGUGACGCCUCCUCCAAGCUGUGGGAUGUCCGGGACGGCAUGUGCAGGCAGUCCUUCACUGGCCACGUGUCCGACAUCAACGCUGUCUGCUUCUUCCCCAACGGCAACGCCUUUACCACGGGCUCGGACGACGCCACCUGCCGCCUGUUCGACCUGCGCGCCGACCAAGAGCUGAUGAUGUACUCGCACGACAACAUCAUCUGCGGCAUCACCUCAGUCGCCUUCUCCAAGAGUGGCCGUCUGCUGCUGGCCGGCUACGACGACUUCAACUGCAACGUGUGGGACACCCUCAAGGCCGAGCGUGCAGGUGUCCUGGCCGGUCACGACAACAGGGUGAGCUGUUUAGGCGUGACAGACGAUGGCAUGGCUGUAGCCACGGGCUCAUGGGACAGUUUCCUCAGAAUCUGGAAUUAAACCCUCCAGCUCACGUCCUCCUCUCCCCCCCUCCACCAUCCCACCCACCCAUACUGCUGGGCUGGACUUGAGGGUGAACACUGUCUCCCACCACCAACGUCCCGUCCACCACCUUCCACCUGUCCAAUCCACAGCCAGCGCCGCUGUGAGAAAGUAACAACUCUUUCUACCUUUUCCAAGUGACAUUAUUUUUACCCACCUAUUAAUUACACAGAGCUCUCAGUACCUACAGUUAGAAUGGCCAAUCAAAAAAGAAAAAAAUUCUGAAACGAGAUGAAGAGAAAAAAAAACAAAAAAAAACCUUGCAUCCCAUCUUGUUUUUGGACAGGGGGGGGCACUAGAGCGCAUGUUACCGUGGUUACCGCCAAAUUAGAGGACAUUCCGUGUGUAAUAUGUAAAUGUAUAUAUAAAUACAGUAUAUAUGCAUAGCAUUAUGUGUGUGUGUGUAUAUAUGCAUAUAUAAUGUGUAUUUAUAUAUUUUUGUAGUUUCUAUCCCACCCUUUUUGUUUUAUUUGCCUUACAUUGUUUAAUGUAUAUAAUAUUCACAGUACUAGACGAUAACACAAUUCAGAUUCUGUCACUUGCCUCAUGUACAACAUAAUGGACAUUUCUCUCUCUGUGUGUGUGUGUGUGUGUGUGUGUGUGUGUGUGUGUGUGUGUGUGUGUGUGUGUGCGCGCGCGCAUGUGCGAUGGUCUACGGCAAAGGCAUGCACACAUGUACUAUAACUAAAAUACUGUAUAUUCAUGUUGAUGAUAGGUAACGAUAUGAGUUAUGAACUGGUGGCAUUCCUCUCAACAAACAUGUUGCUUUUUUUGGAACACAACUGUUGUGGUCGUUUUGUAGAGACGGACUAAUAAGGUUAGGUCUUUUAGUCAUGCCGCAGUUUUAGCCAAAUCCCUUUUUCUAGAAACUAGUUAAACUAGGCUGUGAUACACAGCCACUGUAGUGGUUGGAGGCACAGUCUCUCUGCAAUCUAACAAACUCAAAACAGCGUGAAACUACAGCCUAGAGCCCUUACAAACGGGGGCUAAGUUCAAAACCGCGAUUGUAUGGCAAAUAGUAUUACAUCACGGCCACGCCUUGCAAAUCAACAAUAGUGUGAUAUGUAAUACAUAUGUUGCGAUCAAUUACUAAUAGAGGCUUAACUGCAUAUACCCCAAAGGCCAAAGCCUUUACAUUUAACCUUUAUUUAACUAGGCAAGUCAGUUAAGAACAAUUUCUUAUUUACUAUGGCGGCCUCCAUCUGACCACUGAGGAUCGGGAAAUCUAGGGCCCAAUGGUAUCAAACGUAGGGCCCCAAACUGACAGGGGAGGGUUCCUAGGAAUGUGAUCCUGGGACUACUGUGAGCUAGCUCAGGCCUAUAUCAUAGGACUAAAGAAGUACACAGAAUUGGAAAUGCUUGCAGUCUAUACAGUCUCUACCAGUGGCUGGUAAGUCGAAGCAUUAAGAUGUGAAAAGAAUGACUGCUGAAUGAGCUGUGAGUAAAUCCUGUCAUUCCUUCCCUAUGAGUGGACUUGAGGGAAGAUGCCUUUAAUAGCUUCUUGCUAUGUCAUCUUCAAUUUUAUUUUAGAAAUUCUUGAUAAACCAUAAUCAGGGUGGUUUAGUUGAAUAACGUUAACGCUGUUGGUUUAAAGAAUCUUGUCACUAAAAAUCACCAGUGCCACCAUAAGCCUGUAAUGUUAUUAUAAAGAAAUGUUGGUCCUUAUUUAACUUUUUUUUUUCCUCACCAAAACAAAUGUUAUCAACAGUUAUAAGUAUUGCUGGAGAAGAAAGUUCACUUGGUAGAGGGCUAGAUUAUGCUCCUCAAAUGUAAGCAAAGAACACAUGCAACAUACUUCCUAACAGCAGGGAGGAGGUAUAGGUAACUGCCAAAAUAAUGUAAAUGAGGGAUACAAAGUGUAUUGAAAGCAGGUGCUUCCACACAGGUGUGGUUCCUGAGUUAAGAAAUUAACAUCCCAUCAUGCUUAGGGUCAUGUAUUAAAAUGCUGGGCAGGCCAUUAUUUUGGCUACCAUGGCUAUGCCCCCAUAGGAUGACAAUGCCCCCAUCCACAGGGCACGAGUGGUCACUGAAUGGUUUGAUAAGAAUGAAAACAAUGUAUGUCAUAUUCCAUGGCCGUCUCAGUCACCAGAUCUCAACCCAAUUGAAUACUUGUAGGAGAUCUCGGAUCGGUGCCUGAGACAGCGUUUUCCACCACCAUCAACAAAACACCAAAUGAUGGAAUUUCUUUUGGAAGAAGGGUGUCGCAUCCCUCCAAUAGAGUUCCAGACACUUGUAGAAUCUAUGCCAAGGUGCUUUGAAGCUGUUCUGACAGCUCAUGGUUGCCUCACACCUUAACACACUUUAUGUUGGUCUAUUCUUUAUUUUGGCAGUUGCCUGUGUCUCUCACAAGACUGUGUCUCUCACAAGACUUUGUUAGUUUGUGCAUCAGUCAUCUUCUGUUUUCCUCGCAAGAAAACUUUGGUUUGGAGGCAACACCUAUUUUUCAGUUAUACACCCUAACUUCCUAAACAUCUCUCUCUCUCUCUCUCUCUCUCUCUCUCUCUCUUCUCUCUCUCUCUCUCUCUCUCUCUCUCUCUCUCUAUAUAUAUAUAUAUAUAUAUAUAUAUAUAUAUAUAUAUAUAUAUAUAUAUAUAUAUAUAUAUAUGAUCCAUGUGGUUUGUAUUAGAAGGAUCUGUGGCUUGAGAUCAUUCUGCAAAUCUCAUUGCCGACAUUGACCGGAACUGGCCAGAAACUCAGAUGUUGGGCCUGUAGUUCAAGCCUUCACUUUUUCAAACAGUUCAGUUGACCUCAAAUCACCCAGUCGCCUAAUGAGACACCACUAUUUCAGUGGGCCCCAAGAGAACGUUAGAAGAUAAUUGUCUCAUUUAGAAAAAUUGGCACUGGGUAAAGAAUGAGGCAGGCCUUAACCUGCUAUAACAGUCGAAUGAUUUGCUGAAAUCAAGCAAUUGUGAAGCACAGAGCCACGUCAGUACUAUAGUAAACACUAAAAGCCAAGCUUAACAGAUGACCACAACCAAAGUGCAAACCACAUGCAGUUCUCAAAAGUGCUGUAUAUUAUUUUAUACAAUUCUGAUUUCUACCGUACAAUGUUGUAUUUAUUGAUUACAAGGAGCACCCUGUGAUCAUAUAGUGAUUUUUAUAUACGUUUAUUUAGUUGUACGUUUUUAGCUGCUUUACCUGGCUUUGCAUUAAUUAGAUAAAUGUAAAAGAAAUGGCUGGUGGUUUAUUAAGCCACAAAAACACAUCUUGGAGGUGACUUGGAUGUAAAAAGUAUUCCAUAUCAGUGUUGAAAUUCUCACUGAUUCGUGUGGGUAACAUACAUGCCGGUUGGGUUAGCUUUCACAUUUGUGCCAAUGUCAUUUGCUGACCCACAGCUGUGAACUGAAAACAUGUCAUCAUUGACAAUUCAUUGUUUCUCUUCGCUUGCUUACAGAAAGUGCCAGCUUUUUUUUUUUCUCCCUGAAUCAAAAUCUGAAUCAAAUCAGUGUCAUUUUAUUACGCUUGGCCUGUAACAAGGUCCUCUGUUGCCUGACUUCAUAAAGUGCCCAAUAAAAGAGAAGUGCCCAGAACAUAUGGACAUUCCUUCAAUGUUAUUAAAACACUUUGUUUUCCCCAAAUUAAAUGAAUCUCAUUGUGAAUGAUGAGGAUCCAAUGAGAAAUGUGUCCCUUUUAAGACAGGAAAGACAUAACAAAAUGGCAGGAUGAAGUUUGGUCUUUUUUUUUUUACACCAACAUGGCUGCCAGUGAAACAACCCCCAACUCCUGAAAGCAAGGUUGAUUGUGUUGAUUCCUCAGCUCAGACAUCACCUGGGACAACAGAGCUAUUCAUGACCAAAAAAGGAUGUCCUAUAACACUGAUAAUUGAGGCUUGACCACAACACAUAUUAAUGGUUUUAACCUGAAAUAGUGACCGCAUUGAAAUGUGCCUGUGCAGUCCCGCUGAUCAUGUUGGUUAGCUGGGACCAAUGGUUUCUAGGCUUCAGUAGUUGAAGGUGCUCAACCUCCCUCUAUUUGACCAUGUCAUUGUAUUUCUUUACGGUCUUCUAUAGUUGUAUUCAUCAUAUGAAACGACUAUUUGGUAAGAGCAGUCAUGACAACGAGUAUCCUACCUGAUGGGAUGCUGAGCCUCAGGCUGCAACGAACAGUGUGUGUGAUGUUUUUUUUAAGUCUCCUUGACAUAUAUAUUCAAAGUCAUCAAAAAUCCUGAGAGUGUACUUACCUGGAUUUCCAGGUCUAAGCAAAAGUAAGGAAGCAGCAUGUGUUCUGUUGACUUGUGGACGGUCUUGCCUUGGGGAUUGAGGUAGAAUAUUAUCAAAGCAGUAUUUUUAGAGGUGCGCCUUUUACGUCUUCAGAGUUUGGACAAAGUUCUGAAAACGGAGGAGCGUGUAUAUAUAGAGAAAAACAAACAGACGUUGAUAAUAACCAUUACAUUUAGUGAUCACCACAAACACAAAUUAAUGCACUGCCUUUUGGCUGUUGGAUCUAUUGGGACAGUCUUAAUAGAUAUGUCUUUAUUUAUUUGUUUGUGUUUUAAGCCAGUGAAACCCAGGGACUUGGUGCCAUGAUGACUCUGACAGUGCUAUUGUGUGAAAUUAUAAUCAAUUGUUAUGGAAUAAUUUUUUUAUAUAGUCUUUUCACACCAGAUUUUUUUUGUUUGUAUUUGUACAGUGGCUUGGUGAUACUGAUGGGUUGCCAGGAGUUGAUAUUGUAACCAAUAAAACAAGCUUUUAACCAAG